UCAGGGUUGCCAGGCCGCUCGAAUUCGCUAAAAAAUUAAGUGCGCGUCGCCAUCUUAAUUAGAAAAAGGCAGUUGUUUUUUCCAACAAACUAUAAUAAAAGCAUAAUAAAAGCAGCUCGCAAUCAACAAUCAGAGGCCCCCGAAUCCUCUAGUGCAGAUUGUCAAUCAAAACGCGCUGCGAGCGCCAAAGAAAAGCUGCUGCGCGAGUGGAGAAACUAAUACAAACAUUGACAUGUCGCUGGGCAGUGCAACAAGCAACAAGUGUGUGAAAACCGAAUUGUGAUCGUUUAAAAUGUCUGCAGCAGCAGUUAAUGCGCCUGGGGGCUGGUAGAGUGCCAGCAUCCGCCCAACAACUCAACAGCCAAGCGGCAGAGUCGGAGAAGCGCCUCCGCAAGAAGCCAGGAAUCCAGUCUGCACACGUAACCUUGUGUGCGCGUAGCACGGAAGCUGUUGCUGCUGCUUUUGGCUUGGGCAUUCGUUCGCUUCGUUUUGUUGGUAUGUGGCUGCUUGCCGCCGCCUAGAUCGCUGCUCACACGGAUUUUGCGCUUGCAGCUGGGUGGGGAAGUGGUCACGAGCUAUUCCAAGGACGUCGGGUACGUCACCGAGCAUGGACACCACAUCCGGAGCUGGAUCUGGAGCCGGAACGGGCCCUAGCAGCGGAGCGUCUGGUGGCAGCGGCAAUGUUGACGUCUGUCCCUGCUCCACGGUGGCUACCUCGGCCGGCACGCACAACGAACAGCCGCAGACAAAGCGCCAGAAGAUCGAGAAACAGAUCAAGGUGGGCUCUAAGGCAUUGCCUCCGCCCCCGCCAGACAUUCUGGACGGGCGGCGGGAGGCGGCCCUAGACGCCAAUAGCAACAGCCACCUCUGUUCGUCGCUGUCCUCCUCCUCCACCCACUCGCUGUCAACGCCCAGCAGCACCAACAACUCGCCGACCACCACACCGUGCAGCUCGCGGGCUGCCUCCUACGCCCAGCUUCUGGGCGUGUCCGGUCUGGUGCACAAUAUCUUGCCACAAAACGGGGAGGUCACGCACACGCACACCGACCCGGAGUCCGCCAAGGAUGAGGUGGACAGAGCCGCCAAAUUGCCAGAUCUGCUGACCAUCAGCAGCACCUCCAGCCCCACAACCAGCAAUAGCCACAUGAACAGCAGUCGGAGCAGCUGUCUCUCGGCAACGACGGCGACCGUUGACGAUAUGCUGGAGUUCGAGCAGUCGCUGACGCGGCAGUGCCUGUGCGGGGUGUCUGAGCGAACGCUGCGCAAGCCUUUCCAGUCGCACUACUCACAGGACACCAACGGUCAGAAGCGGAUUGCCUACCUCCGCGAGUGGCCCACCAACAAGCUCCUGCAGUUCCUCUCCAACCUGCAGCUGCUGUUCGACAUCUACCUGAAGCAGAACGCCAAGGGCUUCAUCUGCACGCGGAUAAUGGACGUCUGCGACGCACUGAUCCGCAACGACCACAAGCUCAUCGACGAGAUCAUCGUGCUGGCCGGCUACGACAACUCGUACGUGCAAUUCCUGGCGGGACGAGUGCUCGCCGCAUUCCUGGUGAUUGCCAAGCAGGAGCUGAACGACGAGUGGCUCCAGAAGAUCGUCGACCAGCUGUUCAAUUUCGAGCAGCUCGAUCAGGCGGCCGUGCAGAAGAUCCACUUCAGUCUGGACAUCAUUAAGCGCAUCGUUGAGUGGAAGGACAUGGAAAUCCAUCCACUGGACGAUGACUGGAUGGCGGCAGCGAGCACUGCGACAGCUGCCUCGUCCGUUGUUCCCCUGCCGACGGAUGCAUCCGUCAGCUAUAUGCACUUUCCCGUGCAGGAGCAGCCGCUGGCCACUAACUAUUUCGCUCUGCAAUUCCGAGAGGAUGCCGAGGGCGAGCAUGAGACGGAGCGGGAGUCGCCGGAUAGCCGGGACAGGCACCGGCGACACUUUGGCGACGAGAUGAACGUUUCCUACGAAUCGCACCCAACUGCACAGUCCACAUCCAUGCCGAACGGCUGCCAUGUGGUCACGCUCACCGACUCGGAGAGCUUCGACACGACGCAUUUGAAGUGCAUAACCAUCCAGAAGCUGGAGCACAAAUGGCCGACGCUGGUGAAGAACAUGUCAGAGCUGAUGGCGCCGGCGCACCAGGAUGCGGCCGAGCACUGUGUGCUCAACUUCUUGCAGCUAUGGGAGAACAUCAUUUCGGUGAAGGCCAACCUGUCCAUCGACGAGACGAGACCCUACUACGCACAGCUGGACAAGUUCGAGCUGCUGCUUAGCCACAGUCUCUCCUGCACCGUGUACAAGCAGAUGCUGUGCCUUUUUAACGAGGCCCUGUGCUAUGGAUCCACGCUGGCGCUGCAGGACAUGCUGCCUGAGGAGACCUGCAAGCUGGCUCACCAGAUUGUCUGCCACGUGCGAGGUUUCCGCAUCCUCGAGUCGCUGCCGCGCCGCCAGCCCGACAACAUGGUCAGCCUGAUUGGAUAUAAUGGCAGGCCGCUGGUAUAUGCCAACGGCACAAUCACCCUGUGCCAAGCGGCGCAGGCUGUGGACAGAGGCGAUGGAGAGGGUGGAGGUGGAGCGCCACUGGACCUCAUCGAAAUGGACAAGACGCUGCUGCAGAAGAUGGUGCUGCUGGUGCUCAAAUCGAUAGCGGUGACAGUGAAGGAGAUACGCAGCGAUUCGUCCGACUCGUCCAUUGACUCCAGCGACUACGAUGCCUUCCAGGACAUGAUGCUUAUCGAACGCUCGAUACGGGAUGUGCUGAGCAAGCUGGAGACGUUCAUCAAACAGACGCUGGAGUUCCAUCCGGAGUGCCACUUUAGCAAGAUCCUGAUCCACCUCUUUGACGACCAGGAUGACCAUCUGAUCGAGGCCAUGGUCUGCACGCUGGACGUCACGUCGGGCAUCUCGUUCCGCAACAACGCCUUCCCCGAGCUGGUGGCCAUGCUGAAUCCGGUGUACACCUUCCUGGAGUUCCUCAAGAUGACGUCGAACAGCUCGGACCUGCUGCUGGACCUGCUGGUGAGCAACGAGACCUGCUUCCUGCUCUACCUGCUGCGCCUGCUCAAGUACAUUCGCAUGAACUGGACGAUGUUUGUGCACAGCUGCCACAGUUUCGGCAUGGGAAGCGCCAUGCUGGACGAGGCGAUGGGCGUGCUCAUACGGCUACGCCUGCAGAUAUCCCGCCUGGUGUCGCGCCAGCUUUACCCCUACGACAUAUCGCCGGUGCUGCGCCUGCUGGAGAGCUGCGAGAGCCUCUACGAGGGCAACGAGCUCAGUUGAAUCCCGGCCAGAAUUUCCUUCCAAUCACAAUUCCACAACCACAUGCAAUUAAAAUACGUAAUUUAUUUUAAUAUUUAAUGGAAACUAGGAGAAACUAGCGCAAAAUUCGAUGAAGACGGUGGAAUGAUCCUUGUAGAAUACGUCGUGACUCCAACUCUCUGCCUCUCUCCCUCCCUCACCCUCGAGAUCCCAUUUAAGUUUAUGCACCCCCUUCAUUUGCUUCGCAGGCCACAGCCCUUCGAUCCCUCGAUCCUUCGACCCUUCAGAUACAUAUGCAACUGUAUGUAAUUGUCAUCGUAAUGAGCAUCACAAGAUCGUAGUUAGUUCGUAGUUAAUGGUUACAUCAUAGGUACUGAAUUCCAAACUAAACACUACGCUAGCCUAAGAUUGUUUGUAGUCUUGCCCUAAGUAGAAUAAUGUACAAUAGGAUGGGCCCGCUCUCCCUGGAGUAUUCUUUUGUACGUUUCUUUUAUAAAAACCUGGAACCUUGAAUAUAUAACUGAUUAAUUAACUGAUUAAAAGAGAACGCAUUAAGAAGAACCAUAGAGUGU